UUCCGCUUGAGUUUCCUUGACUUCCGUUUUACUUCCGGUGUUGCACACUCGCUUUAGCGUCUCUGGUCCAUUGCAGUCAAAAUGAGGAUCGUUACUUGGAACAUAAAUGGCAUCAGGACUUUUAAGGGCGGUAUAAAAAGUAUCCUGGACUCACUGGACGCAGACAUUAUCUGCGUUCAGGAGACUAAGGUGACAAGAGACUUGCUAGAUGAAAGAACUGCCAUUGUUGACGGUUACAACUCCUAUUUCAGCUACAGUCGAGGACGCAGCGGCUACUCAGGGGUUGCUACUUACUGUAAGGACAGUGCCACUCCGUUUGCUGCUGAGGAGGGUCUCACAGGUCUGCUGACCAAUCACGAGGGUGCUGUUGGAAGCUACGGUGACCACGCCGACUUUUCAAGUGAGGAGCUGCAACUUUUGGACAAUGAAGGACGGGCGGUUAUCACUAAGCACAGAAUCAUGGGUAAGGACAAAGAGCAAAGUGUUACAGUAAUUAACGUAUACUGUCCAAGGGCUGACCCUGAAAAACCUGAACGAAAGCAGUUCAAACUGCAGUUCUACAAGUUGCUUCAGUGUCGGGCUGAAGCUUUACUGAAAGACGGGAGUCAUGUGAUCAUUUUGGGAGAUGUAAACACAUCCCACCGGCCAAUAGACCACUGUGACCCCACUGAUAUUGAGGAUUUCGGUGAAAACCCUGGGAGGAAAUGGCUGAAUGGCUUUCUGCGAAGCGGCAGACAAGAACAGAACCAGGAUGAGGAAGAACCCGACGAUGAAUCGGUGGUAACAGAUCCCUUGCGUGACGGAAAAUUUGUGGAUACCUUCCGCUAUUUCCACCCAACUCGCACGAAUGCCUUCACGUGCUGGUCCACCCUUACUGGAGCGCGGCAGACCAACUACGGCACACGCAUUGACUAUAUAUUUGCAGACUGCCAGCUGGCCAAGGAGCAGUUUGUGGCAGCAGAUAUCAUGCCAGAGGUAGAAGGGUCAGACCACUGCCCCGUGUGGGGACAACUGAGCUGCUCUCUCCUUCCCAGCUCCAAGCCUCCUCCUCUCUGUACUCGCUACCUGCCAGAGUUCGCCGGCAAACAGCAGAAACUCUCACGUUUCCUCGUUAAAAUGGACCAAAAAUCAACUCAGUCAGAGCAGAAGGACGCCUUACCUGCAUCUCAAGAAGAGGAAGAAAGGAGGGAGAAUUUAAACCCGCUGGCUGAUGGAAAUGUCUGUGGUAAAAAGCGGUUAUUAAAAUCAGACUGUGUCGCCUCUAAGGGGAAAAAGAUUAAAACAGUUAAUGGCUCCUUGAAACCGCAGGGCAGCCUCCUUUCGUUUUUUAAACCCGCACAAACAAACGUCAGGCAGGCAGAAAAAGCACUUGGUGUAGAUAAAGUUACAUCAACAACUGGGAAAGCGUCCCCAGUCGCAGGCACCAAACCUGAACAUACUGACCUUGAUGGCUCACCACAGCUCUGCACCCACAGCUCCACGGCCGAAACAGACAAACAGACAAAGACACAACAUUCAGCCCCUAAGCCAACUGGGGGACACCCGGAAGCCAAGAAAGGGGCAUCACAAGUGUUUUGGAAGUCGGUGCUCCACGGACCGCCUGCGGCGCCCAGCUGUAAGGUCCACGGGGAGCCCUGUGUGCUUCGCACUGUCAAAAAAGAAGGGCCGAACAUGGGCAAGCAGUUUUUUGUGUGUGCCCGUCCUCAGGGACACACUUCCAACCCAGAGGCUCGAUGUAAUUUCUUUGCAUGGGUUGACAGGGGGAAAUAAAAUGUUCACUGUAAGGACCAGCAAAACCUCUCACUCAGACAAGUGUUGAAACAUUACUGUAUAGACGUCCUACGUUUCUUAUUCAUGUUUUUUAUUGUCCACUUUUUUCAGUUUAAUAAAAAAAUGAUAAUUUUAUAUCA